CACCGACGCUCUUAUGAUGGAAUCCAAUUAGCAUACAACUUGAACUGCUUCAAAGUCUUAAAAUAGGUUCCAUAUUUCGAUUCAUCACACCCACAAAUCAGCCGAUCAAAUUGUGGGAAAAAAGUGAUCUAUCCUACUGUCUGUACCAGAUGGCGCCAAGCGCUGGGAAAAGCCCUCCGGGUGGAACACAGAUCGGUCCACCGGAUACGAACGACGCAUCAAUGGGAUGGAAUGCAAAUGUCAAGCAGGAAAAUCAGCGGCCACCAGUGUUUAACCCAGAGGACUAUGUAAUUUCGCUGAAGAAGUAUGGUCGCCGAGGUUCGAAUGGGAACUUCAAAUCCAUCUACGACACCUCCACCAACGAAGAUGCUACAAACAAGCAGGACAAAGCGAACGAUAAUGUCCGAUCGCAAACUUUGCCGCAUAAAAAUUCGGACUACCGUUCUCCGAUACCAGCACCACCAGAAAUGGAUGCUGAAAUGUCGCUCCGUCAAUUUGGUUCCGUGACAGACCUGCUCACCAAAUUGCGGGCUGAUCUUCGGGCAUCGUUUCCAAGCUUUGUGCAGGAGUUUGUUUCGAGCCCGUUGGAUGGGGUCAGCUUGCUGUUGGAGGUGUUACGAGCAGUCCAACUCAGCCAGAGUGCUCCCAUGAACGGAACCACCACCAUGCCACCUGGGGGUAUUGCAAGGAACAACCAAUCCUAUCAACGACGUGCUCUUCUGGAUGAGCUGGCGUGCUUACAAUGUUUAAGCAUUUGCUGCACGAGAAGUCCAGAGGCUGGCACACGGCUGGGCACCACGCCGAUAGGAUUGCUUCCGUUGGCCGCAGCAGCUACCGGCACGGGAAUACGAUCACGCAUAGUAGCCCUGCAGCUGCUCACAAUAGCCUGCGACAAAUCUGCGUUAGGUGAUGGGACACAGCGCAGUCAAUUGCAUGGCCACACGGCCGUUUCCGAGGCACUGUCGACACUUCGUUUGCGUUGUGCCGAACCCGUUCGAUUCAGACUGCUCGUUGGAAUGCUCAACAGUGGCGGUGGUUCUGGCGAGCUGCAAGCGAUCGGGAUGCGGUUCAUCAAUACCUUUCUCGAGAGCUCGGAAAACGUUCAAACACGAUUGUACCUGCAGGCAGAACUAUUUCAGGCGGGACUGGAUCCUUCGCAAAUGUGUAAAACCAUAUCGUCGACCUCGCCAUGGCUGGAGCGGCUGCGUUUGGAGGUGAAACGCUGGGAUGCCAUACGAAUCGAUAUAGAGCAGCUGCAGCUGCAGGCCCGUUCGGCCGAGCAGGUACGCAGCCGCUUAGUCAUCCUGGAGCGUCGAGUACAAAUUCUGCACGAGGAAAAAACCGUCCUGACUACGAUGGAGCGAAGGUUGCAGGAACGUUGUGCGGAACUGCAACGAGAAGUGUUACGCCUGAAAGGUACCGGAAGCAAUAGCAGCAGUGGUUCGAAAGCUCACGAAAGCUCCAACACUUCGAGCCUGGAGAAAAGACCGGUGGCGUUGCCGCGCCAGGUGCCGCCACAGACAAAACGAAACAACACUUCGGAGAACGAUGAUGAAGGUAUCAGCAGCUCGGAGACAGGACAGUCAUCGACUCCGGAACCGCCGCGUCUGUAUCCAGCCAAGAACGGUGGUUCGAGUGCCGGGUCGCACAAGUUUAGCAUAUCGCUAACGCAAGAAAGCACCGUCCCAAUGCACGAGCUAAAUGGAAGUGGCGAAGAUGACACCAACGCAACGAUCGAGGAUGUGAUCGAGGAGCUGCAAAAUAUUGUCAACGAUGCGGAACGCGAAAUCUCAGACCAGAACGAAAUACUCUUUCAACAGACGGAUGGUAUUCCCGAGCAGGCGUUAUACAGUUUGGAAAUUUCAAACGAACACGAAAUUGUGCCGGUCAACCUGUUGCCACAACCGCCGCGUAAAUCACGAUCGCUGGCCCAUUUGAUCUCGAACCCAUCGGAUGGGGAAGGAUCCGGGUACGAUUUGAUGAUGGUCAACAACGAAACAAAGGUAGACUUUUUCGACGACGAGGAGGACACGGGUGUUGAUAAAACGAAAAAUUCCUUUUGCGAUGAAACUGGUACGAGCAGGUACUUCGAUAUAGCAGCUACAGCCGCAUCAAUGGAUGCGAUUCCCCAGGAGACGCACGCCCCAGUGGUUCCGGGUCCGGAUGUAAUCCACUCAACAACGGAAGCUGUUACACCGUCAGUUCCAGCGCUGCAUCACUCGCGCAGUCGGCAUCCUGCUACGAAAGAUUCGAACCGAGCCAUACUGAACGUCAUAAUGGAUGCGCGUGAUAAAGAGUCGCGUCUGUUGAGAGCCCAGUCACUGGAGCGCGAACAGCACAUCUCCCAAGCUGCGACUCCACAGCAGUUUAAUGGUGUGUUUUUUAUGACCGAUAUGAACAGUGCUGGCAAGUAUCCUAAACCUGACAUCACGGCUGCCCUGGAGGCAAAGAAGGUAACCAAGAAUUUGGAUCGAAUGGGCGCGUAUGGUGUGGACUCGAUGAUCGAUAUCGUCAUGACGAACGAACAGCGACUAAAUAAAGCGAAUGCCUACGCAAAAUCACGCAUGACUGCAGCCGCAGGACCGCCAAACCCAGCCAACGGAGCUAUCCCAACAAACAAAAACUGAUCACAUUGCACGAUGGCUAACUUAAGACAGCUGGUACCGGAACUGGCUGAAAAGGCUCGCCGUGAGCUGAAUGAAGUUCCCAACCGUAUUCCCGAGGACCUGGCAGCACUGAAAGCGUGGUUACUUAAGCAGCCCCAUCUGAACCCUCGAAUGGACGAUCAGUUUUUGGUGAACUUUCUGCGCGGCUGCAAGUACAGUUUGGAAAAGACGAAAGAAAAGCUGGACAAUUAUUAUACGGUAAAGACAGCCAUUCCAGAAUUUUUCGAGAAUCGCGAUCCAGCCAACGAAAUGCUGCAGAGCUAUAUGUCUUUCGGAGUUAAUCUACCGCUUCCUCACACGUUCGAGGUGGACGGUCCUCGAUUCAUGCUGGUACGCAUGGGUGCGUACGACGCUAGCAAGUACUCGAUCGUGGAUGUCAUGAAGGUGUGCUACAUGAUCACCGAUCUGUUGCUGGUGGACGACGACUCGUCCAUUAUUGCUGGCCACAUGGUGCUGGUCGAUUUGCGGGGCCUCACAUUCGCGUGCCUAUCACAAUUCAACCCCACAUUCAUCAAGAAAAUGACUUCCGUCAUUGAAGCCUUCCCGAUACGCACCAAAGGCAUACACUUCAUCAACCCAUCGUCCGGGUUCGACGCUCUCUUCAAACUGUUUCAUGGCUUUCUAAGCAAAAAGAUUCAAGAGCGCAUCCAGGUGCACGAAUCAUUCGAAGCACUCCACAAGGUGGUGCCAAAGAAAUAUUUGCCAGAGGAGUACGGGGGUAGCGGUGGACGGCUAAAUGACAUCAUUGAGGAUUGGCGUAAGACGUUAGUUGCCCACGGUAGCUUCUUUGCCGACGAUGCCAAAUAUCGAAACGACGAGCGAAAACGGCCGGGUAAACCGAAAAAUGCCAGCACACUGUUUGGCGUGGAAGGAUCGUUCCGAACGCUGGAGUUUGACUAA